AUGGUGAGUUCAAGAGUUACAGGUUUUGCAUUCUUGGUAUUGCUCCUUGCGGAGCUCUCCUUUGCUGCAAGAUAUAUCCAGGGCAGUGGAGGUGGAGGUGGAGGAUCUGGUUAUGGGUCUGGAUAUGGUUCUGGGAGUGGUUCGGGGUAUGGUGGUGCACAAGGAGGAGGAUAUGGUAGUGGAGGAGGUGGUGGAGGUGGUGGUGGCUCUGGUUAUGGGUCUGGAGCUGGUAGUGGUUCAGGGUAUGGGUCUGGUAGUGGGUCGGGGUAUGGUUCUGGCGAAGGCUAUGGUAAAGGUGGUGGUGGAGGUGGUGGAGGCGGUAGUGGCGGAGGAGGAGGUGGCGGCUCCGGAUAUGGGUCAGGAAGUGGCAGUGGUUCUGGUUAUGGAUAUGGUUCCGGAAGUGGUAGUGGCUCAGGAUCUGGCAAAGGUGGAGGAGGAGGAGGAUAUGGUGGUGGAGAAUCUCCUUAG